ACAUACACUCAUUUAACCAGCACCGGAGCCGACAAACGCCUCCUGCAUCUCCACCUCACAACAACACCACUUCUGCGUCCUACUUCUGAGGCUUGAAUCUGGAAAGAACUACUUCAUUCGAGGAAAACACAUGUGGACUUUGAUAAGAGAAUAACGGAUUGUUUUUUUAUUUUUGUAUCUACUUUUUGUUAUUAUUAUUUUUGAUUUACCCUAUUCUUACACCAGUAAGACACUAGGGUGAAAUGGAGAGGAUUACCAGUGCUCAGCCUCCUCCGUGUAUGUCCAAACACCCCUCGCUGGAUAUCUCUGACAUGCAAGGAAUGGACUUUCCCAUGUAUGUGUAUAAACCCAGACGAGGAAUGAAGCGCAGUGAGGACAGUAAGGAUACGUACAAACUGCCUCAUCGAUUGAUCGAGAAGAAAAGAAGAGACCGAAUAAACGAGUGCAUCGCGCAGUUGAAGGAUUUGCUGCCCGAACACCUUAAACUCACGACUCUGGGACACUUGGAGAAGGCUGUUGUCUUGGAACUCACACUCAAGCAUGUGAAGGCUCUUAACAACCUGCUGGAACAGCAACAACAGAAGAUCAUUUCCUUGCAGAAUGGAUUGCAAAUCGGCGAACAGGGAAAUGGGCCCUCAGAAAACAGUGAAGAGAUGUUUCGUUCCGGGUUCCACUUGUGCGCCAAGGAGGUUCUUCAGUUCCUGGCCAAUCAAGAGACCAUGCGUGACCUGACCACUGCUCACAUAAUCGAGCACCUUCAAAAAGUGGCAUCUGAGCUCAUUCAGAGCCCACCGAGUCCUCGCCUGGACGAGCCCGCUCCCAAAGCUCAAGAGAGUCGGGAGAAACCAUCAGGCCUACAGCCAAAGGCUGCAGAAGGUCAUGCUAAAAACUGUGUGCCUGUCAUUCAAAGGACUUAUCCCCACAGCAGUGAGCAGAGCGGGAGUGAUACGGACACCGACAGUGGCUAUGGGGGCGAGUACGAGAAGCGUGACCAGAAAGCUCAGCGGCCGGACUGCUACGUAAAAGAAAGCGGGGCUCUCAAGUACAGCAGCAGCAUUAAAGAGGAGCAGGAUGAGCCACCAAGCAAACGGCCGAGGUCAGACUCCUCAGAAGAUGAGUCUCUGUCAGGGCAUGAUGUAGUGGGCGGCCACAGCCCCUACGUGAGCUUUUCGCCACCACAGCCCCUGUGCAUGCCCUUCUACCUCUUUCCGCCUGGCGCGGCUGCCGCAUACUUGCCUAUGCUGGAGAAGUGUUGGUACCCAGGGGCUAUGCCCGUAUUGUACCCAGGUCUCGGUAGCUCCCCUGCAAGCCUCUCUCCUGAGAAACUCCCCUCAUCCAUGGUCAUGUCCUCACGAGUGGGCUCUCCUGUCUCCACUCCCACCUCCAUGGACUCUCCUGCACUCCUGCAGGCCCUCAAACAAGUUCCUCCAUUAAACCUGGAAACCAAAGACUGAGGACUCCAUCUGGGGUCCACCACCAGCCCGCUCUCUGAAUGUUUUGGUCUCGAGAGUGGACUUCCCUGCUGAAUAAGCUCCCGAAGAGGGUUCGGUUGAAGAGGGCGCAAAGGCAAAGUUCAAAGCAGCGAAGCAGCGCCCUCAAGCACAGCGAACAGCUGUUCUGAUUCCUCUCAGAAGUACGCCGGCCUCCCUCCAACACACACAAACACACUCUCUCUUAUCAGCUCCCUCCGCAACCAGCAGACACGCAUCCAGAGACAGAACUGUCCCAGACGGGUAAAGGAGGCCCCGUGCAAAGCACUGUGAGACACUGUGAAGAAGGUCAAAAAGAGGACAGUGAGAGCUGUUCUCUGAGUAAAAGUAUCUGGGGAGGGUGAACGGCUGCUCUCUGCACUUAUGCCGAAUGUUUAAGUCGUAAACAAAACUAAACCCAGAAUGUGACGUGCAGAUGGUCCCCCAUUGAUAAGGACUUUGCCCUUUGCACAAGCACCUUUUCAUUUGUUGAAUGUAAACGAAAAGUCCUUUUAUAAUAAAACAUCACCCCUGUAGAUGCUGCUUUUUGGACAUUUCUCUGUGCCGUGGACGCUUGAUCAGGAAGCUCCACUCUCUUCUGCUUCUGUGACUGCUUUAACCAAUAAGAGUCGUCCUUUUAGACUAGAAGGCUACCAAAUAAACGUCUUUGCAUUGGUCGACUGCGUGCACGUUUACCAUCUCGCGCUCAUCUGAGUUUUCUUGCAUAAACGAGGACGCCACGGACUCUUGAGACGUGACGCUCGUGUAAAUACGGGAGUGAUGUAAUCACGCUGUAGCUUCUUGAGUUUGUCAUCCAUUCGUGCACGUAGCUGAAGCUGUUGUGAGGUAUCCGCGUUGUGUAAUUAUUUUGUUUAUACUUCUUGUACAUCUGUAUUUUUGAUACGUGACCCACACCUUUGAGUUUCUAGACAGCCGAGCGCUGUAUGCCAUGAGAUUGUGUACAUAGCAUCAUGUUCUGUGUUCAUUUCUGGUCAAAUUAGGACAGAUCUUUGUUCAUGCUGUUGCCUUUACCUGUUUAAAGCAGUAAACAUGAUGGCGGAUAUUUACAUUUUUGAUCCUGGAUUCUUCAUAGAAGCAAAAGAAAGUGAAUGUAAUGUUCAAAAAAAAACAAUUAGUUUUGUAUAGGAAGAGGUACUUACUUUUUAUUUUGGGACCUAAGAGAAGGUUGCUUGAUGUAUAUAUUUUGUCUAAAGGUAUUGUUGACAUACAUUAAAGUAAAAGUAUUAUUAAAGUCUUUUUUUCCCUGUG